AUGACAAAUAUUCCUGAAAGAUGGGAAUUACUGCUGCUUCCUGAAGGAAAAAAAAAAGUAACAUUUGAUAUUGAUCCUAAAGUCCCAAAUGCAGCAAAUAUCACUGUUUUAAAUGAAGAUCAUACACUUGGAAAUAUGUUGCGUGCACAGUUGCUUCAAGAUGAACGUGUAUUAUUUGCAGGAUACCGUGUUUCUCAUCCUAUUUUAGAACAUAAGUUUGUUCUUCGAGUUCAAACAGAGGAGGGAUAUGAACCAAGAGAUGCCGUAAGCAAUGCAAGUCGAGAUUUACUUUACCAACUUACACAAUUGCGGAACAACUUUGAACGUGAGUGGGAGCUUAAAAAAGUAGCGGAAGAUUACAUGGAAUAA